AUGUUUGAAUUUCAACUUCUUCAACCAUCACAUCCCAAACCUGCUGCCACCAAGCAGGUAAAACCAAAAGUGGCGGAACCUCGCCGUAUCCCGACGCCUAACGAUGAACAGCUUGAAAAGCUGACAAUCCUCACCGAUCGUGCUCAUAGUCGAGCCGAAGAGCGCAGCAAGAUACAUCAUGAGAUGGGGCUCAUCGCAAAUGAAACGGAGGCCACGAUUGCCGAAUAUCCAUAUUUCGACCAGACUCACAUAAACCUGCUCUGGGACAUGGACCACGAAUUGCAUCGCCUUGAGCAACGAUUGAUGCAGUUGCAGGCUGAGGAGGAAAUGGAUGCCGAGGAGGAGAUGCACAUCUGGGAGGAAGUGGUUUGA